GUACUUUCGAAGUAACGUUGUUUGUGUGGUGGUGGCGAAGGCUUUUUUGAUCCGGUGGUAGCAUGAUGAUCAGGCUGGUUAUGGCGCCUCUACAAUUGUAGUCUAGCUCUGUGACUUUUCACCAGGAAGUUAUGUUUGUUUAUAGCUGAUUAGUUGUAUAAAGCCACAGGAGCAAGUCAACCGUAAGAAUGGAUGACCUCUGCUCUGUUCCCAAUUUGACCGAGGAGAGCCUUCUGCAGGAUUUGCGAACUCGAUUUGAGGACGAACUAAUUUACACAUACGUGGGAACAAUCUUGGUGUCUGUCAACCCCUUCAAGUUUUUCCCAAUUUAUAAUCCUCAGUACUGCCACAAGUAUCAAAACCGCCGACUUGGAGACCCGUCAGUGCGACCGCAUAUUUUUGCCAUCGCCGACGCAGCGUUUCACUCUCUGGUUCAAAAUGGAGCCAACCAGUGUGUUGUUAUUAGUGGUGAGAGCGGCUCCGGCAAGUCAGAGGCCACGAAAAUGCUCUUGUACCACAUUAUGCGCCUCAGUUGCAAAGCGUCAACCGACGGUGACCUGAACAGGAUAUUGGGAACAGCUCCAGUGUUGGAGGCUUUUGGCAAUGCACGAACGGUGUCAAACAAUAACUCCAGUCGCUUCGGAAAGUUCAUCUUGCUGCAGUUCUUGCAGAGCGGAUCCUAUAAAGAAGCAAGCAUUGAGAAGUACUUGCUGGAGAAGUCCAGAGUCAUCUCUCAGUCAAGUGAGGAAAGGAACUAUCACAUUUUCUACUUUAUCUUGGCCGGUGCGCGCCAGCAGCUCAAGGACAGGUUGAGGUUGACGAAGCCCGAAGACUACAACUACCUCAACCACACGGUAGAUGGCCAGGAAAAGUGUUAUCAAGUGCCAGCUAUCGAUGACAAGGCUGAGUUCAAGAAGCUAUGCAAGUCUCUGGACGAUGUGAAGUUCACGGCAAGAAGCCAGGAAGAGGUGUUCACACUAGUGGCUGCAUUGCUUCAUCUUGGCAAUGUCGAAUUUGAGACUGGUGAGGAUGGCCUCUCUAGCGUGAAGAACGAAGACACGCUGCGCUUUGUUGGCCAGCUGCUCAAGGUGGAGGAGGCCACAUUGAGUUUGUCGCUGACCCAACGGACGUCCGUAAUUCGCGGAGCCGAGUUCACUACCCCUUUUCAAGUCAACGAGUCCAUUGAUGCCCGGGACGCCACUGCCAAGGCACUUUACUCCUAUCUGUUCGACUGGAUUGUAGCAAAGGUGAACAGUGUGCUGUCAACGAGGGCGUCCAAUGCCAAGCUUUUGAGCAUUGGCCUGCUGGAUAUCUUUGGCUUUGAGAACUUCAAGGUGAACAGCUUUGAGCAGUUCUGCAUCAACUAUGCCAAUGAGCAGCUCCAGCAGUACUUUAACCGGCACAUCUUCUCUUACGAACAGGAGCAAUACCAAGCAGAAGGCAUUGAGUGGUCAGAAGUGUCCUUCACUGACAACACUCCCUGCCUGGAGCUUAUCAGCAAGCGGCCCACUGGCAUCUUGCAUUUACUGGAUGAGGAGAGCAAGCUGUCUACUGGCACCGAUGAGAAGCUGCUGGAGAAGAUUGGACACCACCAGAAGGAGAACACGUACUUUGUGAUGCCUCGCAAGCUGAAGAACAGCCGACCGGCGUUCACAAUCAAGCACUAUGCUGGUUCAGUCACAUACCGGAUUGAUGGAUUCAGGGAGAAGAACCGAGACAUGCUCCGUCCCGAUGUCAUUGCAGUGCUUCGCAACAGUUCCAAUCCUUUCAUCCUCCGACUUAUCGAGGCAGCAGAGGUCCAGCAGACCGGGCAGUCGAAGGAGAAGGAAGAGCAUCAAGGCGCCCAAUGGCAGAAAAACAGUGGUUAG